GCGGCGGGUGGUCAGAUAUUGGGGGUGCGCCCAGGGAGCUCGUCUUUGGGGGAACGCCGCGGGGGCGGAGUCGGGCUGGCCGUGCGCCCCGGGAGCUAGUCGUCACUUUGCGGCCGCGCCCGGGCGGGUGCUGGGCGCCGGCCAUGCCGCAGCCGCCCGCGGGCCCCGAGGUGCGGGUGUGGGUGGGCGGGCAGCUGUUCGUGGCCGAGCGCGCCCUGCUGGAGGAGCACUGCGGCUUCUUCCGCGGCCUGUUCCGCUCGGGCAUGCGGGAGGCGCGGGAGGCCGAGGUGCGCCUGGGGGCGCUGGGCCCCGCCGCCUUCGCCACGGCGCUGCGGGUGCUGCGGGGCGAGCGGCCGGCGCUGGCGGCCCCCGACGAGCUGCUGGCGGCCGUGGAGUGCGCCGCCUUCCUGCAGGCCCCGGCGCUGGGGCGCCACCUGGAGGCCUGCGUGGCCUCGGACACCUGCGCGCUGCUGUGCGACGCGGCCGCCGCCUUCGGGCUGCCGGGGCUGCUGCGCCGCGCCGCGCUCUGGCUGCGCGACGCCGCCUCCGGGGAGGCCGCCGAGCUGGCGCUGCCCGAGGCUCGCGCCUACGUGGCGGCGCAGCGGCCCAGCAGCUUCGUGGCGGUGGGGACGCACGCCCCGAUCCCCGGCUUCCCGCCCGACGGGGCGCGCACGCUGUGCUACCUGGACGAGGAGGCCGACGCCUGGCGCCCGCUGGCCGCGCUGCCCCCGGAGGCCAGCACCCUGCUGGCGGGGGUGGCCACGCUGGGCAACCGGCUGUACGUGGUGGGCGGCGUGCGCGGCCCCACCAAGGAGGUGGCGGAGCUCAGCUUCUGCUUCGACCCCGACGGCGGCGCCUGGCGGCGGGUGCCCAGCCCCCGGCAGCCCCGCUACGACCCCGCGCUGGCCGCCCUGGACGGCCGGCUCUACGCCAUCGGCGGCGAGUGCGGCCGCGUCCCGCUGCGCUCCGUGGAGGCCUUCGACCCGGCCGCCGGCCGCUGGAGCCCCGCCGCGCCCCUGCCCCAGCCCGCCGCCGGCGCCCCCUGCGCCCAGGCCCGCGGCCGCCUCUUCGUGGGGCUCUGGCGGCCGGCCGCCACCACGGCGCUGCUGGAGUACGCGGCCCGGGACGACGCCUGGCUGCCGCUGGCCGAGCUGCGGCGCCCGCACAGCUACGGCCACUGCCUGGUGGCGCACGGGGACCGGCUGUACGUGGUGCGCAACGGGCCGGGCGACGACUUCCUGCGCUGCGCCAUCGACUGCCUGCACCUGCCCUCGGGCCAGUGGAGCGCGCUGCCCGGCUCCUUCGUCAACAGCAAGGGCGCGCUCUUCACGGCCGCCGUGCGCGCCGACACCGUCUACACCGUCAACCGCGCCGCCACGCAGCUCUACGCCGUCGAGGGCGGCGCCUGGCGGCGGCUGCGGGAGCUGGCGGGCUUCCCGCGCUCAGGCUCGCUGCACACGGGCUUCCUGCGCCUGCCCGCGCGGCCCCGCGGUGGGGACGGUGCGGGGGACGGUGCGGGCGACGGCGCCACCCCGGAGCCGGAGCCGGAGCCGGAACCCAGGGUGGGGCCUCUCGGUGACAUGACCCACGGCGGGGACAGUGCCCUUCCCGAGCCGGAUUCCCAGGACAGGGCCUCACGGUGACAUGACCCACAUGGUGACAUGACCCACGGCGGGGACAGUGCCCUUCCUGAACCGGAUUCCCAGGACACGGCCUCACGGUGACAUGACCCACGGCGGGGACAGUGCCCUUCCUGAGCCGGAUUCCCAGGACACGGCCUCGCGGUGACAUGACCCACAUGGUGACAUGACCCACGGCGG